CCACAUGUGUUCCGUGUGGGUUUUUCCAUGUGUUCUGGCUGUUGGUGAAAAGUUAGGAGUUAUCGCGUUUUGACAUUUUUUGAGCACCAAUCUUCAGCAUAAUUUUACCAACGUUUAUCAUCGUCUUCGUGUGUUUUCGUCAAGUCAGUUAUCAUCUGUUUGUGUCCUGAACAAUCCUCGUGGAUAAAAACUCUAUACGAACUGUGGUUCGUGCAUCCGCGCCAGGAGAGAUAUCGCGAUCGACCAGAGUCGGUAUUCGUCCCGAGGCGAGAAGACCGAGCGAGUGGACUCGUGCCCAAUUCACGGACAAAUACCUUGGUGAGUUGACAACAACUUUCGUACUGAGUAUAGCUAUAAAUAUACUACAGACCCAAUAGUUUAGUUGAUUUCAACAUCUACUCAAAAAGUGACCAGGUAAUUACACGCUGUUGCAUGGUAUUACCUGUUGGGUAUCUUUUUUGUCUUUCAUCGAUUUAAUUGGUCAGUUUCCAGAAUGUCAUCACCAGAAAACGGACCUGUUAAUAAUUACGACCACGACAAGUAUGGCUGGGUCAUGGUGGCGGUAACGUUUCUCAAUUGGGCCGUGAUCAUGGGUUACACCAAGGCGUUGGGCGUUCUCCUCAUUCCAAUCACCCGCGACCUAGACAGCGAGCUCUGGCUUAUCGGUUGGUUGGCAGUCUUGUACCUACUAAUGCAGAAUUGUCUCGGACCUAUUGUCGGAGCUCUGUGCCGUCUGCUGGGCGUCCGUCCGAUGAUGGUGUUUGGUGCAGUGCUUCUAACGUUGGGCAUCAUCUUGACGGCGAUAUCACCCAACGUUUUUGCAAUGGCCGUUUUCAUUGUUGGGCUAGCAGGGGUUGGGUCAGCCCUGAUUUUGUUCGUUAGUUUCGCCGUGAUGGCGUCAUAUUUCAAGAAGAAAUACGCAUUAGCUGUGGGACUCUCAACAAUGGGAAUUCCUGUGGGUGUGAUGGCCUAUGGGCCCGUAACCCAGAUGCUUGGGGAUGCCUAUGGCUGGAGAGGAACCAUGCUUUUGCUGGGAGGUUUCUCGUUCCAUCUAGUUGCGUGUAGUAUGUUGGUGCGACGGAAUGCUUCCUCUUCAGCAGAUACUGAACAGUACCAAGAAGUUACGCAAAGCGAUGAAGAAGAAAAUAGCCCGAGCGAAGAUGGGAGUUUUCGUGGUACUAACCGAACAAACAUCUCAAGUGACACUCGUCAGACUCUCUCAGGAGGUUGGGCUAGGGUUUGUUGCCAGAGCGUCCUGAAAGCUUUCGAUUUCGCCGUUCUGAAAGAUAUGGGGUUCAUUUUGGUAGUGUCGUCGAGAUGUGCAACUAGCUUUGCCUACAGCGGAGUCGUGGUGUACAUGGUCUCGCACGGUCAGCUUCAAGGGCUGAGCAAAAUGCAGGCGUCGUUUCUGCCUACUUUCUUCGGCUCGGGAAACAUCAUCGGCAAGUUGGUUAUGCCCCUUCUGCAGCAGAUGGGCAUCAAGGUUUCCAUGACAUUCUGGGCGUGUUUCGCGUCUUGUGUCGUGUGUGUAUCGUUGCUCCUGGACGCCUUCGUCACACCGUUCAUGGGCCAGAUGGUGGUUACAGGCUUGCUCGGUGUAGGUUACGGUAUAUCAAUUCAAGCAAUGGACGUCAUCGUUCGGUUCAUCUUCACGGAUGACCGAUUGGUUAAUGCACUGGGCUGGCAGGGCUUGUGUAUUGGAAUGGCUGAGGGUCUUGGAGGACUGGUCGCGGGUUGGAUUAACGAGUGGACCGGGAGUUUCAACAUAGCUUUCUACUUGUAUGGUGGAGUGACGUUGCUAUCCAUUCCACUGGUGCUCUUCCAAGAUCGUUAUGCUAAACGAAGGUCACUGUAAAAAAAAAAAAAAAACACUGUCUCAUAUUAUUCAAUUUCAAUUUAAUUCAAUUCAAUUCAAGAAGCAUUUAUUUCAUACUCCUUUAGAGAAAUACAUCAAUAAAUAAAAGAUGUCCGGUAUAUAGCAAAAUAGCGAAUUCGAUAAAUAUGUCACCAAAAAUGUAAUAAAAGUAAACUGCGCUAUUAACAAGAGUAACACUUACAGCGUGUAACACUUACAGUGCUGAUUUGGCUGAAAUAGAAAUUGAGACAAAGAGUUGAACGAUUUAUACUAAUAGCUCAGAUAAACUGGGCUCCACAAGCAACAACGACAUUCGACUUGAAGUAUUUUGUAUCGUUGGACUAAGUACUGCAACAUCAGAUUUUCCGUUUUGUUAUGUUAUUGAAUUGUUACAGUGCUUCCAAAUUUUCAAUGGCCUCAUUAAUUUAACUAAUUUAUCAUUUACAAUUCUUUGACGACGACAUUGUUUAUAAUCCAUUUGAUGUUUGAUUUGUUGAUAAAUCACCAGUGUGAUUUUUCAAGCCUGGAAAGGAAAAACGUGAAUUCAAAAUUGAAUUUGCAUUUCGAAACAAACGCGUCAGUGUGGAAAAUUGAUACCUUGGUUCAUAUUGCCCAGGCAACACUGGAAAUUAAGAAUGAGAAACUAAAAUGAAAAUUGAAAAUCUCCGAAAUUGAA